GGAUGCGUUUUCUCUCCUGUAAGUCAGUAACAUCUCGGGAUUGGGACACCCAGGUUUCUGGGCACUGCUGGCCGGUCCCAAAAUGGAACACAAGGAAGUCAUCCUUCUACUUCUUUUAUUUCUGAAAUCAGGUCACGGAGACCCCCUCGAUGACUAUGUAAAUACCCAGGGGGCUUCGCUGGUAAGCCUCACUAAGAAGCAGCUGUCAGCAGGAAGCAUAGAAGAAUGUGCAGCACGAUGUGAGGAGGAAACAGGAUUCAUUUGCAGGUCAUUCCAAUAUCACAGUAAAGAGCAACAUUGUGUGAUCAUGGCUGAAAACAGCAAGAAUUCACCUGUCUUCAGGAUGAGAGAUGUGGUUUUAUUUGAAAAGAAGAUCUAUCUUUCAGAGUGCAAGACUGGAAACGGGAAGAGCUACAGGGGGACGAUGUCCAAAACGAAGAAUGGUGUCACCUGUCAAAAAUGGAGUGACAAUGCUCCGCACAAACCUAAGUAUUCACCUGAUAAGUACCCUUCGGAGGGGCUGGAGGAGAAUUACUGCAGGAACCCCGACAACGACGAGGACGGACCCUGGUGCUACACCACAGACCCAAACAGGAGGUUCGACUACUGCGACAUUCCAGAGUGUGAAGAUGAAUGUAUGCACUGCAGUGGGGAAAACUAUGAGGGCAAAAUUUCCAAGACCAUCUCUGGAAUCGAAUGCCAGUCCUGGAACUCUCAAACCCCACAUGCUCACGGAUAUAUUCCUUCCAAAUUUCCAAACAAGAACCUGAAGAUGAAUUACUGCCGUAACCCUGAUGGGGAGCCCCGCCCGUGGUGUUUCACCACAGAUCCCAACAAACGCUGGGAGUUCUGUGACAUCCCGCGCUGUACAACACCACCCCCAACUUCUGGUCCAACGUAUGAGUGUCUGAAAGGCAAGGGUGAAAACUACCGAGGGAAGGUGUCCCUCACCGUAUCUGGACAUACUUGUCAGCGCUGGAGCGAACAGACCCCUCACAAGCACAACAGGACCCCUGAAAACUUCCCUUGCAAAAAUUUGGAUGAAAACUACUGUCGCAACCCUGAUGGAGAAACAACUCCGUGGUGCUAUACGACCAACAGCGAAGUGAGGUGGGAAUACUGUCAGAUCCCGUCCUGUGAGUCCUCGCCACUGUCCUCAGAACAUUUGGACGCCCCAGUUUCAGUACCACCUGAACAAACUCCUGUGGUCCAGGAGUGCUACCGAGGCAAUGGACAGAGUUAUCGAGGCACAUCAUCUACUACUAUCACAGGAAAGAAGUGUCAACCUUGGUCAUCUAUGGUACCACACCGACACAUGAAGACCCCAGAACGCUACCCAGACGCCGGCCUGACCAUGAACUACUGCAGGAACCCUGACGCCGACAAGAGCCCUUGGUGUUACACCACCGACCCCAGUGUCCGCUGGGAAUUCUGUAACCUGAAAAAAUGUCCGGACAGAGAAGAGAGUGCCACCAAGUCCCCGACUGUUUCCCAGGUUCCGAGUGCAGAGGACCCUUCCGAGUCAGACUGCAUGUUCGGGAAUGGCAAAGGAUACCGGGGAAAGAGGGCAACCACCGUUUCGGGCAUCCCCUGCCAGGAGUGGGGAGCCCAGGAGCCCCACAGACAUGGUAUUUUCACUCCUGUGACAAAUCCACAGUCAGGUCUGGAAAAAAACUACUGCCGCAAUCCCGAUGGUGAUGUCAAUGGUCCUUGGUGCUACACGAUGAGUCCAAGGAAACUUUUUGACUACUGUGAUGUCCCUCAGUGUGUGUCCGCUUCAUUUGAUUGUGGGAAGCCCCAGGUGGAGCCGAAGAAAUGUCCUGGAAGGGUUGUAGGUGGAUGUGUGGCCAACCCACAUUCUUGGCCCUGGCAAAUCAGUCUUAGAACAAGAUUUGGAAAGCACUUCUGUGGAGGGACUUUAAUAGCCCCAGAGUGGGUGUUGACAGCUGCCCACUGCUUGGAGAGAUCCUCAAGGCCUGCAGCGUAUAAGGUCAUCCUGGGCGCACACCGAGAACUAAAUCUUGAAACGGAUAUUCAGGACAUAGAGGUAUCCAAGCUGUUCUUGGAGCCCACACGUGCAGAUAUCGCCUUGUUGAAGCUAAGCAGAUCCGCCGUCAUCACCUCCAAAGUGAUCCCAGCUUGUCUGCCACCCCCAAAUUAUGUGGUUGCUGACCGGACAUUAUGUUACAUCACUGGCUGGGGAGACACCCAAGGGACCUUUGGCGCUGGUCUCCUCAAGGAAGCCCAGCUACCGGUGAUUGAAAAUAAGGUGUGCAACCGCUACGAGUAUCUCAACGGAAGAGUCAAAUCCACAGAGCUUUGUGCUGGGAAUUUGGCCGGAGGCACCGACAGUUGUCAGGGUGACAGCGGAGGGCCUCUGGUCUGCUUCGAGAAGGACAAGUACAUUUUACAAGGAGUCACUUCUUGGGGUCUUGGCUGUGCCCGCCCCAAUAAGCCCGGUGUCUAUGUUCGUGUUUCAAGGUUUGUUCCUUGGAUUGAAGGGAUAAUGAGAAACAAUUAACUGGAUGGGAGACAGAGCGAGGCGUCAGCACGUCUAGAAGCUGGAACGCGGGCGGGGAAUUGAGCACGCUCAGAAAUGAUUGACAGUAAUCAGACCAACACACUGUACUUAUACCGCCCGCUGCUAAGCCUCAACAUUUUUUAGUAUUAUCGUGGAUAAAUUGUUCCUGUCCGUGGACUGCUGGAUUCUGUAAUAAAAAGAGUAACACAUUUAUAACAUUUGUCGAAAAUAAACUCUGUACUUCCU